CUCCGGGCAGGGCCGCCAUGGGUCGGGAGUCCAGAUCAACAAAGCAACAGUUGUCCAAACAAAAACAGCAUUAUCGGAAGCGCUCCUCAUCACGAGGGCGCUCUGGUAGUCGUUCUAGGAGUCGUUCUCCAUCUGACAAAAGAGCAAAGCGUGGAGAUGAUAGACGUUCUAGAAGUAGAGACAGAGAUCGCAGACGUGAGAGAUCACGGAGCAGGGACAAGAGGCGAUCUCGGUCACGUGACAGGAAGCGUGUGAGGCGUUCAAGAAGUAGAGAGAGGGAACGGAGUAGAGAGAGGAGACGAUCACGGAGUAGAGAGAGAAGAAGAUCCAGAAGUCGCAGCAGAGGAAGGCGAUCCCGAUCUUCCAGCCCUGGCAAGAAUAAAAAAGUAGAAAACAGAUCACGAUCUAAAGAAAAGGUAGAAGGGGUAGAAGUUACCAAGGAGAAGAAAAAAGAGAAAGAAGACAAAGAAGAAGAAAAGGAUAAAGAUGUUAGCAAUUUUGAUCAGAACAAACUGGAAGAGGAAAUGAGAAAACGAAAAGAGAGAGUGGAGAAAUGGAGAGAAGAACAACGCAAGAAAGCAAUGGAAAAUAUAGGAGAAUUGAAAAAAGAAAUUGAAGAAAUGAAGCAAGGAAAGAAAUGGAGCUUAGAAGAUGAUGAUGAUGAUGAUGAGGAAACUGCAGAAGGGGAGAAGGAAGGUAACGAGAUUGAAGAUGAAGAAUUGGAUCCAUUAGAUGCAUACAUGGAAGAAGUUAAGGAGGAGGUCAAGAAAUUUAAUAUGAGGAGUGUCAAAGGUGGAGGCGGAAGUGAAAAAAAAACUGGGCCAACAGUUACUAAAGUUGUUACUGUGGUUAAAACCAAAAAAGCAUCUCCAGAGACAGAAAAGAAAAAAGGAGAGCUCAUGGUGAACGACCAAGAUGCAAUGGAGUAUUCCUCUGAAGAGGAGGAAGUUGACCUUCAGACUGCACUAACAGGCUAUCAGACGAAACACAGGAAACUGCUGGAACCAGUUGAUCACGGAAAGAUUGAAUAUGAGCCCUACAGGAAAAACUUCUAUGUUGAAGUUCCAGAGCUAGCUAAAAUGACUCAAGAAGAGGUGAAUGCAUAUCGGCUGGAAAUGGAAGGAAUUACUGUCAAGGGUAAAGGAUGUCCAAAGCCAAUCAAAACUUGGGUGCAAUGUGGCAUUUCUAUGAAAAUACUGAAUUCCCUGAAAAAGCAUGGCUAUGAAAAGCCUACCCCCAUCCAGGCUCAAGCUAUACCUGCAAUUAUGAAUGGACGUGAUUUAAUUGGCAUUGCAAAAACAGGAAGUGGGAAGACUAUUGCUUUUCUGUUGCCCAUGUACAGGCACAUUAUGGAUCAGAGGUCAUUAGAGGAAGGAGAAGGUCCAAUAGCUGUCAUCAUGACUCCUACUCGAGAGCUGGCUUUACAGAUUACAAAGGAGUGCAAGAAGUUCUCAAAGCCACUCGGGCUUCGAGUUGUGUGUGUAUAUGGAGGAACAGGAAUAAGUGAACAGAUUGCUGAACUUAAAAGAGGUGCUGAAAUAAUUGUUUGCACACCUGGCCGGAUGAUUGACAUGUUAGCAGCUAAUAACGGUCGAGUGACAAAUCUUCGGAGAGUGACGUAUGUUGUCCUUGAUGAAGCUGACAGAAUGUUCGACAUGGGCUUUGAGCCUCAGGUAAUGCGCAUUGUCGACAAUAUAAGGCCUGAUCGCCAGACUGUUAUGUUCUCUGCUACUUUUCCUAGAGCUAUGGAGGCUUUAGCUCGUCGAAUAUUAAACAAGCCAAUUGAGGUCCAGGUUGGUGGCAGGAGCGUUGUCUGUUCUGAUGUAGAACAGCAAGUGAUUGUCAUAGAGGAAGAGAACAAGUUCUUGAAGCUGCUUGAACUCCUGGGACAUUAUCAGGAAAAAGGAGCCGUCAUCAUAUUUGUAGAUAAGCAAGAACAUGCUGAUGGAUUGCUGAAAGACUUAAUGAGAGCCUCUUAUCCCUGCCUGUCACUUCACGGAGGUAUUGAUCAGUAUGAUAGAGACAGCAUAAUCAAUGAUUUUAAGAGCGGAGUAUGCAAACUUCUUGUGGCCACAUCUGUAGCAGCCCGAGGCCUUGAUGUGAAACACCUCAUGCUUGUAGUCAACUACAGUUGUCCCAACCAUUAUGAGGAUUACGUACACAGGGCAGGCAGAACUGGACGAGCAGGCAACAAAGGGUAUGCAUAUACUUUCAUUACUGAAGAUCAAGUACGAUAUGCAGGUGAUAUAAUUAAAGCUCUGGAGUUGUCAGGUACUCCAGUUCCUGCAGAGUUGGAGAAACUUUGGAAUGAUUUCAAAGAUCAACAGAAGGCUGAGGGAAAGACAAUUAAAAAGAGUAGUGGUUUCUCUGGCAAAGGGUUCAAAUUUGAUGAAACGGAGGAGGCCUUGGCUAAUGAGCGAAAGAAACUACAAAAAGCAGCGCUUGGCUUGCAAGAUUCUGAUGAUGAGGAUACAGCAGUUGAUAUUGAUGAACAGAUUGAGAGCAUGUUCAAUUCAAAGAAAAGAGUGAAGGACAUGGCAGCACCAGGCGGGACAUCCAAUGUUCCUGCCCCGACUGCUGGAAAUGCAGAAAAAUUAGAAAUUGCUAAGAGGUUGGCAUUGAGAAUCAAUGCACAGAAGAAUCUUGGAGCCGAGGCACAAGUAUUGGUCUCUUUUCAAUUUAAGGAUGUGAUGCAGCAAGCGACAAAUGCUAUCCUGAGAGGUGGCACAAUUCAAGCUCCGACCGUGUCUGCAAAAACCAUCGCUGAGCAACUGGCUGAGAAGAUCAAUGCCAAACUCAAUUAUGUGCCAAUAGAGAAACAAGAGGAAGAAAAGCAGGAGGGGGGACAAAAUGAGUCUUUUAAGAGAUAUGAGGAAGAAUUGGAGAUCAAUGACUUCCCACAGACUGCUCGGUGGAAGGUAACGUCCAAGGAAGCACUGCACAGAAUAAGUGAAUAUUCUGAAGCUGCCAUUACAAUCAGAGGAACGUAUUUUCCUCCAGGCAAAGAGCCCAAGGAGGGAGAACGAAAAAUUUACUUGGCUAUAGAGAGUGCCAAUGAAUUAGCUGUGCAGAAAGCAAAAGCCGAAAUCAGUAGACUCAUCAAAGAAGAGCUCAUCAGAUUGCAAAAUUCAUACCAACCAACCAACAAAGGAAGAUACAAAGUUUUAUGAAUGCUUGGAGUAAUCUAUCAGUUGCUGAUUUGUGAAUCUUCGUGGUUUCUCUUAUCUUUGCUAUUUACACUGCUUAUUGUAAAUUAAGGGUGUU